AUGGGUUCAGAAAUCGACCUAGUUGAGGAGAGACUGAAGUCCUUUCUAGGUCAGCUCAAAACGGAAUAUGGUAUCUUGGACAGGAUUGUUUACAAGAACAAGAAUCAGCACAGGAGGUGCUCUUAUUUCCAGUACCUUCUGAAGGUUAGAAGGGAUUUGAGGCUUUUGCAGUCGACCAAGUUGGAGGAAAUCUUAAAUUCCUGUUUUUUGGUAAUCCAUGGUAAAAAGCCUAAACAAAAAGUGCAGCUUCUGGAGAGUUUGAAGAGGAGAAAGUCUGAUGAUAGUAAAUAUAACUUCUUGGAACGGCUUCUGGGAGCUGCACGUUUGCUGUCGCAGAUGGUUGAACCGAUGUUGAGAGCAGCUACGGAGAUAUCGAAACUGCUUGCUCAGUCAUUUUUCAUGGGCUUUUCACUCACAAGUCUGGCUUUACUCUCACGUUUUCGGGUUUUGAUUCAACAAAUACUUCUUGAUGUCGUUUGUGUAUACAACAUUGUGUCUCCUCUUUCUCGGAAGAAACAAUCUGUUAAAAUAACUGAAGGAGGUGUUGAGGUUUUUAGGGAUUAUUAUCCCAUAAAAGAGCAAAACAGCAUCUCCCUGGAAUGCGUUUGGGGAACUGACAAGUUUGUGUUAGUAGAGAAAGUGAAUGAAAGUGAAACUAAAAGCAAGGAAAAAUGUGGUGAAGAUGUUUCAAUUGGGGCCUCCACAAUACAAUAUCGAAGCGUUGAGGUUUUGCUUGGAGACAAUGACAAUGAUGAGGAGCAAGAAUCAGCUGCAAACAUCUCUGAUAAAAAAUCUAAGAAAAUUGGCUCUUAUGGACAUUCUGAAUCACAGAGCGGUGAGGAGAACCGAGCAAUGGACAGUUUGCCUAGUGCAGAAUGCCAGAAUACGCCUUCAAGUUCAUCAAAUCCGUUAAAGCGCAAGGCAGAUACAGGGAAAAAGGUUGCAUUCUUUUCGGUUAAAGUACCCACGCCAUCCGCCUCCCGGAAAUUAAAUUUGCCUGCUGAACACAAGGUUGAAGAUCAAACCGAGGAGGAUCCAUUCUUCAGUCUCCUUUCUUCUGGGAUUAAGAAGAGCAGUCUUUUCUAA